AAAAGGAGGUAAGAGGGAGAGGAAACGGCUGAGAAUCCGGGAAGCACAAUACGAAGCAAAGAGAGAGAGAGAGAUAGGGUAGCAUUAGAUACGGAACGGUCCACUUAAGUACCGUGUUUCAUUUUGAUUCUCUCAAUCACUCUCGUCUCCCUUCAUUUUUCUUUUACUAUUAUUAUUUUCUCUGAACUUGAUCAAUCUUAUUGAUCUAGAAAAUGAAGCUCGAGUAUUUGGAUUACAUAUUGGUGCCAUUAGGUAUGGGUUUGAUGGUAUUCUAUCAUCUCUGGCUUCUCCACCGCAUCAUCCACCGUCCAUCUUCCACCGUCGUUGGCCUCAACGCCUUCAACCGCCGCCUCUGGGUCCAAGCCAUGAUGGAGGAUUCAUCAAAGAACGGCGUUCUAGCGGUUCAAACGCUAAGAAACAACAUAAUGGCAUCAACUCUAUUGGCAUCAACCGCGAUAAUGUUGUGUUCACUAAUCGCUGUCCUAAUGACUAGCGGUACAGGAGAACGAUCGGUCUGGUUUGUGUUUGGAGACAAAAGCGACCGAGCCUUCUCGAUCAAGUUUUUCUCAAUCCUCGUUUGCUUCCUAGUUGCGUUUCUUCUCAACGUCCAAUCAAUACGUUACUACAGCCAUGCAAGCAUCCUCAUCAAUGUCCCUUUCAAAAAGCUCAUGGCUGUUUCUUCAGAUGGUCAUGGUCGUGGUAGUCUUAUGAUAAACCAAGACUAUGUGGCUGCGACGGUUAACCGUGGGAGCUACUUCUGGUCGUUAGGACUAAGAGCGUUCUACUUCUCAUCGCCUUUGUUCCUAUGGAUCUUUGGUCCCAUCCCAAUGCUCAUAACUUGCUGCGUUCUAGUUUCUUUGUUGUACUUUCUUGAUUUAACGUUCGACUCGAUGGAUUGUAGCGUUGGGGUCGCGGACGCAGAGGAGACUGAGAUUAGAAGCUUAGCUGAAAACAAUGUGUAGUAAUUAGUUGAGAGAUUGAGAGCUUUCUAAUGGAACAUACUGGUUUCAUAAGCUGUAUCGGUUCAGGUUCAAUGGUUGUUGAACCAUGUCAACUAGUUAUUCUGUUGCUUACUGAAUAAAACGUUAUUAUCUCCAAGAUUCUCUAUUGUGAGAUAUAUACUUAAUUAAUCGUAAAAUGUCCAAUU